AUGAGAGUCACCAUCGCCCUCACCGCCCUCUUCGCCGGCGUCGCCCUCUCGGCCCCCGUCGAGGAGCGCCAGGCCGUCUACGUCCCCUGCUCCGGCCUCUACGGCACCUCGCAGUGCUGCGCGACGGACGUCCUGGGCGUCGCCGACCUCGACUGCGGCAACCCGCCCGAGGCCCCCACCUCGGCCGAUGAGUUCAGCUCCAUCUGCUCCGCCAUCGGACAGCGCGCCCGCUGCUGCGUCCUGCCCCUUCUUGACCAGGGAAUUCUCUGCAACACCCCCACUGGUGUCACCGACUAA